AUGAUCCCAUCCACGGGUAAGAUCGACCGACUGCUGGUGGAACUGCGGCCCCGGCUACAGUGUGCCAACUUCUUCAUCUCCUUCCCGCGCAAGUUUGUCGACAUUGAGUCGACCACCAUCGAGCUGGCCACCGAUCGGAUCACGAUCGUGAUGAAGGGCGAGCGCGAACGGUACGAAAUCCGUACCGGCGACUACUUCCAGCUGCACACGCAAACGCUCAGCUCGCUCGUAAUUAAAAAUCGAUACAUUUGCUUCCGCGUAAACACCAACGAGAGUGUGUUCGGGUCCGAGCGAUUAUCCACCGGUCAGGAAAUGCCGGGAAGUGACCAGCACGAAGAAAACUUCCGAUUAGCUUGCAAUGUGCAGCCAGGCCAAAGGUACCGAGUGCUUUGCAGUAAUUGUGCCGGACCGCUUCAACAGUCGGCCGACCCGGCCGGUGAUCCUGACACUUCGUUCCAGCGCGUACUGGAGCUACCGUCGGAGCAGCUCGAUACGGACGAUUGGUUCUGUCAUCGGCAUGAUCAUCAGCCGUCCGAGGGCGCACCGGAACCUUGCCACGGGCGACAACAGGGAGAACCAUCUUCCCAGCUUUCUACAAAGUUUGAACCCCAACCGGGCGAUCUGUUCUACGGCACAUUCUACGCCCUGCUGCACCGGAACGUUUUGCAGCGCGUCCACGUGCGCAACGAUCGCUUCGUGUACUGCAAGCGCUGCCUGCAGUAUCUUGGAUCGACGCGAAAAAACCGCACCUCGGUUAAGCUUUGGUAUGAAAAUGUACGCUUUCAGCCGUCAGAACGAUCGGCGAUACCGCUAUCCCUGUUCCGCACUGACGAUGCGCUGGAACUGUUUCACCAUCUCGUGCGCAAGACGGUACGGGAGUUUAACUUCGUCACCCAUCUCGGUCUUCCGCCAUCGAUAAAGCUUCUGUUUGAGCUGCGCCGUCCUGGGAUGCAAGGUGACGUGUUCUAUCUGCUGAUGCAAAUCAUGGACUGUCAGCUAAGCGUGUUCCGGGCGAAGCAAAAACGUACCGGAUCCGGUUCGUCCGAAUCCUGCUCGGAUGAUGUGGACGAUUGUAGAGCUGAUGGGAAGGAGGACAUAGCGGAAAAUGUGGCGCUUGAACGGGUCGAUCUGAAGAAAAUCGAGCAUCAGGAUGAAGCCAACCACGACGACGAUGAAGGUGAUGAUGAUGAUGAUGAUGUAUUUAUUGACAACUCUUACCGGAAGCAUACGAUCAAGCUGGAACGACACCGGGCAAUGAAGCUGAUGUAUCAGUACGAAAAGUACGACGAUCAGCCGCUGUUCGUGUUCUGGCGGGAGGACAGCAAUGUGGUGAAUCUGGAACUGUCCGAGCCAAUGUUCAGUGCGGCGAUUCGGUACCUGGACGCAAAUUCGAGCUACGUGCCGGAAUGUUACCGGGUGAAUCUAGGAUUUAGCAUGAGCUAUUUGGACAUUCAGUAGAUAACCAUGUACAGAAGGAGGAGCAUAGGCAGCAAAAUAACUAGAACGCUUGGAACCAAAAUCCGAUGGCUGUCGGUUUCUGUCGGAACCUUGAUGGGAUUUAAAAAAUAAAUGUGAAUAUACGUAGAA